GGCUCGCACGAAAUUGGCGCGCCAUUUCUGCGCAGCUUGUCUCGUACGCCUUCUCUCCGUCGUCGCUCAGGGUUUUCCGAAGGAGGAGGAGGCCAGUUUUGCUUCUGCUGAGUGAAGUCGCGGAGAGAUGCCGAUGGCGGACAAGAAGAGCGAGAGCGCGUCGAGCGACGGUGCUCGUCCAUGGCAGUCCUACCACACCGUCUUCACCAACGCCAAAGCCGGCAUGGAGGGGGUGGAUAAGGAGAAGGUGCAAAGGGUUGUGUACGAGAUGAGCAAAGGGUCCAAGUAUUUCGAGAACGAGGAGCGCAAGGAGGCAUUCAUAAGGCAGAAGAUAGAGAGGAUGCGCGCUCGGAGCGCGAAGCUCACCGCUGGGCAUUUGUCUCAAUAUCAGACGUCCAACCAUUAUUCAGGUGGCUGACAAAAGAAUCCUAGAACUGGAAGCUACACGAGACCUUUCAAAGGUUUGGCUGCAUGUAGAUAUGGAUGCUUUUUAUGCAGCUGUCGAAACGUUAUGCGAUUCUUCUUUAAAAGGGAGACCAAUGGCAGUUGGCGGCAUGUCUAUGAUCUCAACUGCUAACUAUGAGGCAAGGCGAUUUGGCGUUCGUGCAGCAAUGCCUGGUUUUAUUGCACGUAAACUAUGUCCGGAGUUGAUUUUUGUUCCAGUAGAUUUUGAAAAGUAUACUUAUUACAGUGAUCUAACUCGAAAAGUGUUCCAGACGUAUGAUCCCAACUUUAUUGCCUCCAGUUUGGAUGAAGCUUACCUUGAUAUAACUGAGGUCUGCAAGGAAAGAGGUGUCUCUGGUGGAGAAGUUGCUGAAGAACUUAGAAAUGCUGUGUUUGGGGAGACUGGCCUUACUUGUAGUGCUGGAGUUGCUGCAAACUGCUUGCUUGCUAAGGUUUGCUCUGAUAUAAACAAACCAAAUGGACAGUUUGUCUUGCCUAAUGACCGGCUGGCUGUCAUGACAUUUAUCUCCUCACUUCCUAUCCGAAAGAUUGGGGGCAUUGGAAAGGUUACUGAACGUAUCUUAACAGAUGUUUUUGGUAUUAGUACCUGUGAGGAGAUGCUGCGAAAGGGAGGGUACCUUUGUUCUCUUUUUUCCCGCUCCACAGCUGACUUUUUUCUCUCUGUGGGGCUGGGUCUUGGGGAGACAGAUCCUCCACAAAUGAGGCUGCGAAAGAGUAUCAGUAACGAGCGAACAUUUCCAGCUACAGACAGUGAGGCUUUGCUGUAUCAAAAGUUAGAUGAACUUGCAGAGCUACUUUCUAGUGAUAUGCAAAAGGAAGGUCUUCAUGGUCGGACAUUAACUCUUAAACUGAAGACUUCAUCUUUUGAGGUUCGAACCAGAGCCUUAACUCUGCAGAAAUACAUAUCCUCAAGGGAUGACAUCUAUAAUUAUGCAUCAAAGCUUCUGAAGGCUGAACUUCCCAUAUCUUUAAGACUGAUAGGACUAAGGGUGUCUCAGUUUAAAGAUGAUAAGAUGGGCUCUCCAUCUGAUCCAACACAGAAAACUCUCCUGAGCUUCAUGGUGGCAGAUGCUUCUGGAAAUUUUGUUAGGGGACAGAGCUCAUUGGGAUCAGAAACUAGCAACAAUCUCUUCAUGAAUGAUUUCGGAGACGAUAUUUCUGUGGAGACUCGUGAGAUGAUUGACAGUGAAAGAGACGAUCCACUAAACCGGAAUGACUCAUCUGAUCCAGAACAGCGCUGCACUUUGAUUGAAUUUGCUGGCAAAACCGAGGGGAUGCAUGGACAUAUAAAUGGCUCUAUCGUGGAGAAGGUAGAUGCCCUUAUAGAGAAGAGUGACCCAAAAUCUAGUCAACUCAAAAAAUCUAAUGGAAGGGAAUCGGAUACUUCUUUACCUCACGAGACUGAGAUUAGCAGCUGCCUAAAUCAGAAGGAUAAUAAUGACUAUCUGCUCCAAGGUGAAACAUCAUCCAGACAAGAAGAGCAGAUUCUGUGGAUGAAUGAUUACGAGUGUUCACUUUGUGGGAUUGAAUUGCCGUCAUCUUUCGUGGAGGAAAGGCAAGAACAUGCGGACUUUCAUCUUGCAGAGAGACUUCAGAAAGAGGAAUCAGGCAUGGAUUCAAGAACACUCAUAGCCAGGGAAAGGUCGCCACUGAAGCAGACUGGCAGCGGAAAUAAACAUAAGAAGCGCAAGUCGUCACCUUCAGACGGACAUCUUCCGAUAGAUGUGUUCUUCAGGAAGAUUAAUCAGAAACCCUAGAGAUCAUUCUUGUUGCAAUUGAUUUUUCUUCUAUGUAUAGUUUUCUUUGCUAAAGCUGAGAUCAAUUGUUUGUAGAUUAGUGAGAUAUGUACCAUACACGCCUAGGA